AUGGAAUCUAUACAAAAUUAUGAAAUCUAUGCAUAUAAGCAAAAUGCAACAGUAACAGCAUCAGAUUGGAAAAAAAUUGGUACAGUUAAAUCAAUGCGUUUACCAAUGGCAGUUACAUUAAAAGAAUUUCAAUCUAAUAGUCAUUAUGCAUUUGCUGUUCGUGCAGUAUCAAUUAAUAAUAAUAUUGGUCCAUUUUGUGAACCGAAAACAAUUUUUACUGGAAAUACACCAGUUCAACCAUUACAUACAAGUCAAUUACUCAAUGUAUCUACAUAG